AUGAUAGGUUUUGAGUAUGAAAAACUCAAAAAAGUAUGCACCAACUGUUGUUGCUUCAAUCACGACUUGGCUCACUGUCCGUAUCUUGCUCCUCCGGCUUUUGAUGAUGAUUACCUCGAUGUUCCUCUGGCUCCUGGUCAGGAAGAAGAAGUGUUAUCCGUUCACAACAGCUGUAAUGGAGACAUUAAAUCAGAUCAGAGCUCCGCAAUCUCUUCCUAUUCCCCUAUCUCUCAGCCGCCGAGACCUGCUUCUCCAGCGCCGAAUCUUGAGGAGUUUUUAGCUGCUAACCCUCUCCAAUGUUUCCCGUCUUCAAGUUCAGCCUCCAUCAAAAUCUCAUCAGAUUCUCUGUUUUCUAAAACUGGAAAUCCAAAAGAAAAUUAUGAAAUUGGUGAGAGCUCGAAGAGGAAAAAAGGGAAACAGGUGCACAUGGAGACUGAUAGGAACACACGUCAAUGCAGAAAGGAUCCAGGACUGAGGAUGUGUCUUGCUUUAGUUUUUUUUAUGUUGACAAUGGUGUUUGGUUCACCUCUUGGUGCCUUGGCUAUGGUUAUUUUGAUGAAGUAUGCUUUAAGACCGGCUGCAAUGAAUUACAUUGUUUUGAUGGUCUUAAUGAGAGAGUGA